AUGCCAGCCAUGGCCGCGGCCGAACAGCCCGAGAGCCAGGAGCCAAAGCAGGAAGAAUGGAUCCACGUCAAACCAAAGUCGCGCUUCCGGCGGAACGCCCCUCGGUCACCACCCAAGAUCCCCGGGUCGGCCCUCUCGAAGCUAGCCGAUGAACCCCGCGCCCUCAAGUCCGUCGCCGAUAUCACGGCCGAGUACGAGGUCUUCAAAACCCGCUGGCGCGACACCCCGUGCCACGCGGAGCUCAAAAAGCUGGUGGAGGCGAACGCCGAGGCGCACCGGACGGUGCGUAAGGCCGUUUGUCUCGGCGUUGGCACGUUCGACCCGGAGGACGGCGGCUGGGACGCCAAGAGGCGGAGCUAUAUUCAGCUCGAUGGGUUCCUGACCAUCGUGGAGGUCCUGUCCGCGUUGUACAAAGAGUCCAUUCCGUGCUCUUUCCAGGAGCCCCGCUUCACGCCCAAUGACACCGAGUUCCUCACAAAUCUGGGCCACAAAGUCGUCAAGUCGCCCGCCGCCUUCGAGGCCGUGGACCAAGACACGCUGGUAUUUGCCGUGCAUAUGUAUCGGCCCAUAUACGAAGCGGCGUUGGAGAAGGCGUCGCCUGCCAUGUUUGUCGGCACGGGCUGGGAUGUGUGGGAUGAGUUUGCGACUAUGAAGGAGGGCGACUUCAAGUGCAUGAGCGACAUGCACGACUCUCACAAGCAUUUCCCCUUUCCCCAAGAUGGGACCUACACCACAUUCUCCAGCACAUGUCUCUAUUGGCGGGCGAAGACGGAGUCUUCAACACGUUCGGAAGAUGAGUCUGCCAAAGAUGCGUCAACAGUCGUUUCCCAAAAGCCCGACGAGAAGCCCACCGAAAAGCCUGCCGAGGAGUUCUCUGAGAAGGUGUCGGAGGACAAGCCCGAGUCAAAGUUGGAAGGGGCUCCCAGCUGA